GUGUCGUUGGUCCACAGUGAUCUGUGGCGGCACUCUGUUAGCUUAGCGGCUAGUUUGUGCUUCUGGGAGUCGAAGUGGAGCUUUUCCAGAUGGGCGACAGCGACGACGAGUUGGACCGUCGGAGGCGGGACAAGUUCAGGCGGGAACGCAGCGACAUGGAGCGGUCCAGAGAGAGGGAGGAGCGGCGCCGGGACGACUGGGCCGACAGGGAGUGGGAGCGCGGCAGGGAGAGGAGGCGGGACUACGACCGCGGCCGCCGGGACCGCUUCUCCCCGCCGCGACACAUCAGCCCGCAGCACAAGCGGCUGAGGAGAGACUGGGACGACCACCGGGGGGAGCCGUACCGCUACGAGCCGCCCUACGUAGGAGGCGGGGCUCCGUUUCCGGGGGCGGGGCCUCAGGUCUGGCACCACGACUUCCCCCACCUGCACCCCCACCCUGGAGGGCUCCCCCUGCAGGGCAGGUUGGGGCUGCUGGACCCGGACCUGCCGCCUCCAGGACCGCCGAGCAUGAGGAGCUUCAAGGAGUUCCUGCUGAACAUGGAGGACAGCGUGGACGAGACGGAGGCGGUGAAACGCUACAAUCAGUACAAACUGGACUUCCGGCGCCAGCAGCUGCAGGACUUCUUCGUCCAGCACAAGGAGCACGAGUGGUUCCGGUCCAAGUACCACCCUGAUGACAUCACAGCCAGGAGGGCGGAGUCUCUGGGCGCCCUGCAGACCCGGCUGGCCGUCUUCCUGUUCCUGCUGGACAACCGCUGGCUGGACGGCGUCUCUCUGGACAUGCAUCACGAGGCGGCCAUCAUCAAGCUGCUGGACGCAGCUGUGAUCAAGAUGGAGGGAGGGACGGACUUUGACCUGCAGGUCCUGGAGGCGCCAGCAGGGGGCAGCGGAGACGCAGCAGAGMGGAGCCAGGCGGCUCCGAAGGAGGGAAGCGGCGGCGCUCAGAGCGGGCCGGAGGCGGCCGGCGGUCMGACGGACGGGUCGGACGGCGCAGAGGGAUCCAAGGAACCCGACAAGGUCGGAACCAGAACCAUGAGGCGGUUCACUGCUGACUCAGCAGAAUCUCUUCUUCUGUGGUUUCUGCUCCGGUCCAGUUCUGUUCAUCAGUUUAAAUGGUUCUGUUGGACCACAAGAAACAACGACGUUAUUAUUGAUCAUUUAUUAUCAUUUAUUAUCAUUAUCUAUUGUUAUUCAUCAAGUUAUUUCAGAGAACUAUCUGUCCACCUGUCUGUCUAUCUGUCCACCUGUCUGUCUGUCCACCUGUCUAUCUGUCCACCUGUCUGUCUCUACCUGUCUGUCUCCUGUCCCCAGGUGGAGACGUUCCUGGCGUCCAACACCCAGGAGCUCAGUAAGGACAAGUGGCUCUGUCCUCUGAGUGGGAAGAAGUUCAAGGCUCCAGAGUUCGUCCGUAAACACAUCCUGAACAAACACGGCGAGAAGGUGACCGCCGUCAGACAGGAAGUGGAGUUCUUCAACAACUUCCUGUUGGACGCCAAGAGACCCGCCCUCCCUGAGCACAAGCCCCUCCCACCGCCGGCUCAAGCCGGUCCUCCAGGCAUGGYGGCGUUUCCUGGUCAGGCUCCGCAGCAGCAAAGCCUUCUGGGAUACCCUCCAGGCGUCAGGCCGCCGCUGCCCGGAUUCCCAGGUGUUGGACCCCACCUGGCGCCGGGCCAGUUUGGGCCGGGCCGCGGUCACUAUGACAACUUCAGAGGAGGAGGA